UCGACCAACAUGGAGGAAAAGUAGGCAGUUCCUCCCCGCUGUAAAGAAAUUUAUCGUGAUACUAAGAAGCUCAAGCGAACAAACUGAUAUUGAAAGCAGGAAAACCCAUGUUGUAUGUACUUAGACACUAAAGAUGGCCCAGUGCAAGCAGACGGCUGAGGAAUUCAUCACCAAUGCCUUCAGUCCGAUGGUGGCUGUACUGUGCAGCGCUGAUGCUGAGAAAUUGUGCCAGAAAAAUAAUCUUUCCUUCGUUCAGUUAAUUCAGCCUUUUUGCAGAUUGAGCACAGAAGCUCAUAUCCGUGACCCCGGUGGCAUUCCCCAUGUUGUGAAGAGCCUCCGUAUCAUUGUUAAGGACAUGCAGCAGUCUCUGUACCAGCCCACCAUGGCAAAGAGGCUCAUGAACGAGACGGUGUCCGGAGCCUGCCCAAGUAAUAUGGACAACACCAAGGGGACAGUGCUUACUGUGGGGGACUAUGAUCUCCAGAUUAGCUCCACCACCCCAUGGUUUGAGGUGUAUCGGGAUUGUUUCCUAGAAGUGGCCUAUCCAUCAGACCAUGAGUUCCUCAAGCACUUCCUGUCUUGUAUGUUCAUCGUCUCCUCCUCCAACCCGGACCCCAUGGACCAGUUUGCCAAGCUGUCACAACAACAGCAUCAGCAGCAGCACCAGUCACCAACCAAGCCACCCAAGUGGUUCUCACCUAACACAUUCAAGUACUUUGUCUUGGUGCAUGAUGUGGCUGAAGGAGAGGAAUCCAAAAAUGUCCACAGCCCAAGGAUGGUGCAGUGAGUAUGACCCUUAUGUAACAUGUCACUGCCACAACUUGCUUUCUGUGUAGCAAGAAUUCUCAUUUUUCAUAUGUCACUCAACUAAAUCAUAUACCAAUAUGCACUUGCCUUGAA